AUGGGAGCGAGCAGUUGGUUGGAUAUCCCCAAAGGGUCACAUUUCUCGCUGGCCAACAUACCAUUUGGGAUCAUCACGAACCCACGAACUGGCGAGAGACAUGCAGCAGUGGCUAUUGGGAACCUCGUCCUGGAUCUACACGAGUUCGCGCAUCAUCAGGGCUUCACUGGACUUGAAGGCUUCACCCCCAGUCAAAUUACAACCUUUUCAACUCCUGCGCUCAACGACUUCGCCGCUCUGGGCCAGGAUGUCCAUAGAAAGGUUCGCCGAUAUUUGCAGGAUGUCUUUGCAGAGGACACUCCAUUCCCGGCCUUGCUGAAACACAACGUCGAAUCUCAACGUGCCUGUCUCUUUCAGCAAGACCAGGUCAAGAUGCACUUACCCGUGAAGAUUGGAGGCUACACCGAUUUCUUUGCCGGCAAAAACCACGCGUACAAUUGUGGUUGCAUAUUCCGGGACCCCGCCAAAGCCUUGCAGCCCAACUACCUUCACCUCCCUGUGGCCUACAACUCACGAGCGUCGUCGGUGGUCGUGUCGGGCACCGACGUGCGCCGACCUCUGGGACAAUUCUUGCAGAGUCCGUCCGACACCCGGCCCAGCUUUGGCCCAUGCCGACGAUUGGACAUCGAGCUGGAGCUGGGGGCGUUACUAUGCAAAGGCAAUGACCUGGGUGAACCGAUUGAUGUGAAUGAGGCAGAGAAACACAUCUUCGGCUUUGUUUGCUUGAAUGAUUGGUCGGCUCGGGACAUACAGCAAUGGGAGGCGGUGCCUUUGGGGCCUUUCUGCGCCAAAUCAUUCGCGUCGACCAUCAGCCCUUGGGUCAUUUUGAAAGAUGCUCUCGAGCCAUUUCAUGUUCCGGGGAUUCCAAAUGAAACGGAGCUGCAUCCCUAUCUGCGGGAGGCCCGCAAAGAGAAUGUCUACGACAUCAAUCUGGAAGUGGAGCUGAGAGCACCUGACGGCGAGUCUGCAAUUUUGUCACGCACCAACGCCCGCAAUCUCGUAUUCUCGUUCGCACAAAUGCUCGCCCAUCACACCGUGGGCGGCUGCCCUCUGGAAGUCGGUGAUCUGAUCGGGUCAGGGACCAUCAGUGGCACCGAACCUGGGACUUUGGGCUCUUUCCUCGAAGCCUCCAACGGAGGCAAGAGGAGUUUCGAUCUAUCUGCUACGAUCCGCCGGACUUUCCUGGAGGACGGAGACAGUGUUGUCAUUCGAGGAUGGUGCGGUGAUGAUGAUUCGAACCUGGUGGGCUUUGGCGAGUGCUCAGGAACGAUCCUGCCAUCGAUUAAACCGUCAUGGAUAUAG